AUGUGGAUUGUCAGUCUCGUCGGUGGCGCGCUCUAACGAUCCGGACCAUAUUGGAACUAUGAUAUUCACAAUGCAGACUCCAGUUACGUUAGGCGGCGAACCCGAAAAUCAAAAGGUCCGUGGUUCUCCUUGACUCGGCGGAUCGACACCGGACUGUCUGUUGUUAAGCGAUUAAAUGCAAGAGGACGAUCAUCCAAUCGCUGGGAAAAGCUUCGGAGCCAAGAUUUGUCUCCUCAAAAUCCAUAGGCGGAGCCACAACCUCCGCAUUUGAUCUCAUCAUCACUACAAUGAUACCCAUUAUACAUGAUAAAAGACAUUUUGAUGCUUGUGCCUGGAUCUAUAGCCUAAUUUUGCUAGAUCAUAUUCCACUAGCAGUAAUUUUCUGCGGUCAAUUUAAGAUGUGAUCCGAAAUCCCCGGGUCUCAAGAAGAUGAGAUUGCGCUGACACGGCCUAAUGAUGGACUACUGGUCGAUCAUAUUCUUGCGUGUACGAAGUCUAACUUAUAAGACGCACUUGGUCCUCAUCAGCGAGCGACCCAUUCAACUCCUAUGUACUAAGAAUUCGUACAUAGAACCUAUCCAACAUGAAGUAUCCAGUUCUAUUUGCUAGUUUAGCCUCCACGGCUUCGGCAACAAUCUUUUACGCCGGUGUCGCGGAGUCUGGUGGCGAAUUUGGUGUCUGGAGCGCUGAUGCCAAGAAGGGUACCGGCUUACCAGGGACAUUUGGCGUCGACUACCAAUUCAUCAACAAGGCUGGUGUUGAUGUUCAUGUAGAUGAGAACCACCUCAAUCUCUUCCGCAUAGCCUUCCUACUCGAGCGAAUGGCCCCUGUUGCGACUGGUCUCGGCAAGACUUUUAACGAGACCCAUUUCGAUUACUUCAAGGAGGCAGUCGAUUACGUGACAGUUACCAAGGGCGCGUAUGCGAUCUUGGAUCCGCACAACUACAUGCGCUAUAACGACCCGAGCUCCCAGCCGUAUAGCGGCAGCGUGAUUGGUGACACCUCGGAUUCUACCGCCGCUACGACGGAGCAGCUCGGAGAAUUCUGGGGCGAGUUAGCCAGCCGCUUUGCGGAUAACGAGAAGGUCAUCUUUGGGCUGAUGAACGAACCGCAUGACAUGGCGACCAGCCUCGUGGCCAAGAAUAACCAGGCUGCCAUAGAUGCCAUUCGUGCCGCCAAUGCGAAUAACUUGAUCAUCCUACCUGGUAACAGCUGGACAGGAGGCCACGCCUGGACUCAGGGCCCGGAUCCGAACAGCGCGAUCAUUCACCAAUUUACCGACCCGCUUAACAACACGGCGAUCGACAUCCACGAAUACCUUGACGUAGACUAUAGCGGCACCCAUAGCGAAUGCGUUAGCGACCCAGCGACUAACUUGGCGGAUGUAACGAAAUGGCUGAAGGAGCACAAUCUCAAGGCCUUCGUUACCGAAUUCGGCGGGCACAACAACACGGGAUGCGCCGACAUGCUGACCGACUUCGUCAAUUACCUGGCGGACAAUGAGGAGUACAUCGGCUGGACAGCGUGGGCGGCAGGCCCAUUUUGGGGAUCUGCCAGUCCCUGCUGCACGGACUCCCAAAACUACGGCAGUUUCGAGCCCGGCAGCAAGGCUGCCGAUGGCGGCCCGAGUCUGUACGAUACUAUCUGGCUUAAGGUGCUGCAGCCACUUGUACCGAGCAAGCUGCAGUGGAAGGGCAAGGCGAGUGUUGAGGGAGGAGAGUUGACAGAGUUCUCGGCUUAAGCGUUGCGACUGAUCUCUCGGGAUUCUGCAGCAGCUGCACCUCAUAUCACGAUGCUUUCGGGGCGACAAUGCAACUGUAUAUAAUUUAACCGCUCUUUCAGCCAUUGAUAACUGCUAAGCUCUCUGUGUCUCAUUCCCGCUCUAAUGCCCGUCAUCUCGAUGUCCUUGAGCGAGAAUGUAU